UUAGCCAGUUCCCCCUUGUGCUGGCCUGAUGGCAGGGCAUUUUGAGAAGUGAAAUAAGACAAAACUUGGAUGUAAAGAAAAGGCUCCCAGGAAGAGGCAUUCCCAGGGAGGCAUGGCCUUCCAGCAAGAACUGAGGUCUGAAUUGGAUGAUUCCUGCAUCUUUCUCUUUCCUGGGAUCACACCCAUAACUUCUGUUUUGCCAAAACUCUUCUCAAUGAGGAAAAUGUGACUCAGAGAUGUGGAGGGUCUGCCUCAUCAUCAUCCGGCUAUAAAGUAUCAAGGGGUGUGACCUUCACCAACAGAAUGAAUCAGAGAACCAAGCAAUCUGCUAACUCCUCUUAAAUCCUUGUCAAGCAAAACAGGAGAUACAUCUCCAAUCAACAGCUCCCAACACAGUGUUCCUGUGGCUUUUGAAGGAAGCAAGACUGAAGUGUGAUACUUUUUUUUAAGACUUCUGUCUGAAACUGACCUGAAAAAGGUUCCAGGGGUUUUCUUUGUACAAAUCCAGUCUAUUCAGGAAAUGAAGUUGGUAUAAUUUUAGCAGACAUUGUCACACAAAUAUAACUGGUAUCUCUAAGUACCAGUUGAUGCCGUGUGGAGUCUGCAUUUAAACCAUACGCUUAUAAUGGAUGAUAGUUAUAGAAACAGUGCAAAUCUCUACCAUGGAGCAAGGGAUAUAGCUAGAGAGGCAAACCGGCAAUCUAGGAACCAAGGAAUGGAUGACUAUAGAUAUCAGGAUGGCAACUAUGAAGGGUAUACACCUAAUGACAGCUACUACCGUGGAGGGAACGAGUCCAACCAAGAUGAAGAUGCCCAGAGUGACGCUACUGAGGGCCAUGAUGAAGAUGAUGAAAUCUAUGAAGGGGAGUACCAGGGCAUUCCUCACCCAGAUGACAUUAAGGCAAAGCAGAAGAAGAAAUUGCCCUCCAGGUCUGAUGACUAUAGAGACCAGAAAGAUCUCAUGGCAGAACGAUUGGAAGAUGAGGAGCAGCUGGCUCAUCAGUAUGAGAAUAUCAUUGAGGAAUGUGGUCAUGGGCGUUUCCAAUGGACGCUCUUUUUUGUUUUAGGUUUGGCCCUGAUGGCUGAUGGGGUGGAAGUUUUUGUGGUGGGUUUUGUCCUUCCCAGUGCAGAGAAGGACAUGUGUCUAUCCAGUUCCAACAAAGGAAUGCUAGGGCUGAUAGUCUACCUUGGAAUGAUGGCCGGAGCCUUCAUCUGGGGUGGCCUGGCAGAUAAGCUUGGGAGGAAGAAAGUCCUUGGCAUGUCUCUUGCAAUCAAUGCCUCCUUUGCAUCCCUCUCCUCUUUUGUGCAGGGCUAUGGCUUCUUCCUCUUCUGCCGCCUUAUCUCUGGUAUAGGGAUUGGGGGGUCCCUCCCCAUUGUAUUUGCCUAUUUCUCUGAAUUCUUAUCUCGUGAGAAGAGGGGAGAACACCUCAGUUGGCUCUGCAUGUUCUGGAUGAUUGGAGGAAUUUAUGCUUCAGCAAUGGCCUGGACUAUUAUUCCACACUAUGGUUGGGGCUUCAGUAUGGGGACCAACUAUCAUUUCCACAGCUGGAGGGUGUUUGUGAUUGUCUGUGCUCUUCCAUGCAUGGCAUCAAUGAUUGCCCUGAAAUUCAUGCCGGAGAGUCCACGUUUUCUAUUGGAGAUGGGUAAACAUGAUGAAGCCUGGAUGAUUCUCAAGCAUGUACAUGAUACCAAUAUGCGGGCCAAGGGGGCACCUGAGAAAGUAUUCACAGUUUCCCACAUCAAAACCCCCAAGCAAAUGGAUGAGUUCAUCGAAAUACAAAGCUCAACAGGGACUUGGUACCAACGUUGGCUGGUCAGAUUCACCACUAUUUUUAAACAGGUCUGGGAUAAUGCCUUAUACUGUGUGAUGGGUCCGUAUAGAAUGAAUACACUGAUUCUGGCCGUGGUUUGGUUUACAAUGGCUCUGAGUUACUAUGGGCUGAUAGUUUGGUUCCCGGACAUGAUUCGCCAUUUUCAAGAUGAAGCUUAUAGGGCCAAGGAGAAGAUCUUUAAACAUGAGCAUUUGGAACAUGUCACAUUCAACUUUACACUGGAAAACCAGGUGCACGAACAUGGGAGGUUCUUCAAUGAUAAGUUCUAUAAGAUGAAAUUCAAGAAUGUAAUCUUUGAGUCUUCCUUCUUUGAUGAAUGUUAUUUUGAAGAUGUGGUGUCUCCUGGGACUUUCUUCAAAAACUGCACUAUCGAAUCGACCAUCUUCUAUAACACAGAUCUUUAUCGGCAUAAAUUCACUGGUUGCCGUUUCAUCAACAGCACCUUUAUGGAGCAGAAAGAGGGGUGCCACCUGGAUUUUGAAGAAGACAAUGACUUCCUAAUUUACCUUGUUAGCUUCCUUGGCAGUCUGUCUGUACUACCCGGCAACAUUGUAUCAGCCCUGCUCAUGGACAAAAUUGGGAGAAUCAAGAUGAUUGGUGGCUCCAUGCUGAUAUCGGCAGUCUGCUGCUUCUUCCUGUUCUUUGGCAACAGUGAGUCUGCCAUGAUUGGCUGGCAGUGCCUGUUCUGUGGGGCCAGCAUUGCUGCCUGGAAUGCUCUGGACGUGAUUACUGUGGAGCUGUAUCCCACCAACAAAAGAGCAACAGCCUUUGGUAUCCUCAACGGCAUCUGCAAAUUCGGGGCCAUCUUGGGAAAUUCCAUCUUUGCUUCCUUUGUAGGAAUAACCAAAGUGGUUCCCAUCCUUUUGGCUUCCUCUUCUCUGGUUGGAGGAGGCCUGAUUGCCCUUCGACUGCCAGAGACUCGAGAACAGGUUCUGAUGUGAACAGCUUGGGGGAAAAGCAAAGAUCCGAAGAGCCAUAUCAAAGAAAAUUGAUAUGCCCCCUCUCUUGCUGUUUAUUGCUUUCUGGUGGAUACCUCAGAUAACAGGGGAAGAAAAGCUAAUUUUGAGACCCAUAGUUUAGGACCAGUUUCAACUGUGAGCAUGCUCUGAUCUCAGGGGAUUGAUUUGGUGGUACCAACAACCACCCACAGGAACACAGAGCUUUGUGUGGUGCCUUUGGUCUCCCUAGCCUAAGGCACAGGGAGUGAGGGUACAGUGUCUCCUCUUCCAGUGAGCGCACGUACUGUGCAGGAGUGAGGGGGACCAUCUCUGCUUAUUUCCCUUAAAUAAGGCAUAGGUCAUGGUUUGCAUUUCAAUACUACUUUUCAGCCAGGCUCCUUCACAGAAUGUGUCAAGGUCAGAAAAGUUAACAAAUUUUUUUAGUUAAAGAUUAGAUCUUUUGAUUUUUGGUACAAGGAAGAAGUUUGUAGUGUGUGUGUGUGUGUGUGUGUGUGUGUGUGUGUGUGUUUUAAAAGAUUUUAAAAUGAUACCUGUUUCAGUUUUCAUUUAAAAUUUGGGCAGAAGCAUCUCAAAUGCCCCCCGAAAGAAGCAAAUAUUUAUCUGUUUGGAGCAAUAUUUAUUGAAAUUGACCAUUGCUCUCCAGCUACAUCCUAUCCAUUAGAUCAAAAUUAGGAAAUCCAAUGUAAUGAUGGGAAGCUUAUUUUUAUCUAGUUUUAUUAGAAGGCAAUUAUGUGUUGAACAUUCUGCAAACCAAAUGUAUACAUAUUGAUGACGUGUCAGAAGAGGGUAUUGGACAUUAACAUUUAGAAUAUGGGAUCUAGAGAUGCUUAGUAGCAUUUUAUCCAUAUUCUGAAAGGUAUUGUUUUUUGGGGUCCCAGUAGAGAUGGGUCAGAUGGAAUAAAAUGUAUGCAUGGUUUCUUAUAGCCAUUUUAACUGUUAUCUAGAGGAAGCACUAGCAAGCUCACAUUGUACAGUCCAUUUAACCAAGGCACUUUUUUCUGCAUAGGUGGAUUAGUUAAGUCUUAUAUGUUAUAGAGAUCAUCCAUGAAAUACAAAUAUAUGGUCCUCAUGACCUGAAUUUGACUUCUAUCACUUAUCGGGACUCAAAGUAAGAUGCGUUCAGUGGCCUUUGGCUAUCAUCUUGUUGGCAAGAACAAAAUACCAUUCACUGGGAUAAAAAAAAUGGUCAAUGUUUUACAAAGCAUAGAUUCCUUUCAUUUGUUCCAGCAGCUAUCCAAGUUAGCAUCUGUCAAAAGAGGACAUGUCCCAUGGGCAGACAAUGCCACUGUGCAAAUACUGCAUGCCUGCUCUUCUUUCAUUCAAGACCUUUCCAGUGUUGGAGGAGAGAGUGGAGUAUUUACUCAAUCAGUUUUCCAUUGCUGAGUAUUUAAAAAAAGUUGUUCUGGGAUGAUUGUAUCUAGAACUUAGAUGUGGCUAAGCAUAUCGGAUACCUUGUAUGGAAAGGGGGAGCAAUAGAUGGAAUGAUUGCCUCUUUAUUAUGCAUAGCAUUCAUUUUUUCACAUUGAUUUGCAGUGUUCUCUUUGACUGUUAAAUAAAUAUGAUCCAUCCACCACAAGAAAUACUCACUUAUGUAAAAAUAAUUCCUGCAUUUACACUGAUUAUUCAGAAGUCCCCAGUUUUGGAGAGAGUUAUUUAGGUUCAGAGAUGACUUGAGGGGUUCUCAUUCAAUACUCUCUUGAGUGCAGCUUCUCCAGCCUUCUCUCUGUUUCUCUAUUUGACUUUAGCCCUAUGGCUAUGUACACCCCAUUCUAUAUUCUUUAUUCCUUAUUAUUUUAUGUCAGAGAAAGGAGUCACAUAAUCAUUAGCUCCAUGAUCUUAAACCUUACUCCACCCCUCUCCAACCAUGCAUACGUUUUGCAAUUUCAUGUUAAUUACCCUGUUAUUCAUGGUGCACAGGGUGUACCUCAUGUGAAUGCUACCUCUUUUAUGAGAGAUCCUAUGUAUAUAUUAAUGCUUCCCAUAUCUGAAAUAUUCUGGCUAUCUUUAUAAGGAAAGAUCAUCUAAUCCCAGGAUUUCCAUGACCCCUGUCAUAUAAAUCUUCAAUAGAAGACCAGUUUAAUGGAGAGUUACCUCUUAAGGAAGUCACAGGCUGUUGGGUCCUGUAUUUCUAGUUGUGAUUGAUCUUGUGGAUCCUGAGACUGAUGAAUUGGGGAGUACUAGAAUAGAGGUUAUAACUCUAGGUUCAACUUUCUUCACUUCUCCAAAUUCUGUCCUCUCUAUUUAUAGGCUUCACUGUGCCAUUUCUAUUGCUGCUUAAACCAACUCCCAAACCAACCAAGUGCAACUUUCAUCCCAUCCAUCACCAUAUUUCCCAUAAACAGUACACCUAGUCUUCGACAGCCUUUAAAUAUGAAGAAUAACCUAGGAGUGAUGCCUAGCCACUUCCUCCAUGCUGUCAUGGCGGCUGAGAAGGAUAGCAUUCAUUAAACAUCAUCUGCAGGGCAUGCCAUUAGGGAAGAUGAUUGGUUUCAAGGAGAUCUCUUAAAUAAAACUCGAUGGAUUCUUUGUUGUUUUAGUCAGAAAAGGAAUUGUAAAGGGGAAUAGUGUGGGACUCUACUUUGGAAAUAAAACUGGUCCACAUUUCA